GUUUUAUUCCUCUGAUUGGAGUGUUUGGUGUCGAGACAGAUGAGAUGUCAGCGAUGGAGGGAGAUUCCUUCACUCUCCGUACUGGUCUUCCAGAAAUACAGAGAGAUGAUGAGAUCGAGUGGAGGUUUGGAUCGAGCAGAACUCGUUUAACCAGAAUAGCGGUGGGUAACAUUACUACAUGCAAUGACGAGACAUUUAGAGACAGACUGCAGCUCGAAAGACAGACUGGAGAUCUCACCGUCACAAACAUCACUAAUGAACACACUGGCGUUUAUCAACUGAGCAUCAUUAUCAGGAAUAAGAAGUCAACCAAGCGAUUCGCUGUCACUGUUUAUGCUCCUGUGCCUAUUCCUGUAAUCUUCAGUGAUACUUCACAAUGUGCUUUAUCGGCUGAAAGAUCAUCGAGGAUUUUCCUGUGUUCAGUGGUGAAUGUGAGUCAUGUGACUCUCUCCUGGUACAAAGGAAACAGUUUAUUGUCCAGCAUCAGUGUGUCUGAUCUCAGCAUCAGUCUCUCUCUACCUCUGGAGGUGGAAUAUCAGGAGAAAAACACCUACAGCUGUGUGGUGAACAAUCCUGUCAGCACCCAGACCAGACAUCUGGACAUCGAUCAACUCUGUCAAAUAGACUGCGACCUUUGUUUUGACUCUCCUGAAGCUGUGAUCCGACUGGUCGUCUCUGCUUUGAUAAGUGUAGCUGCUGUGGCCGCUGUUGUUCUUCUGGUUAAUGACAUCAGAAGAUUCGGAAGAACACAGACAAUGAAACGGUGA